UGAAACGUUUCCCUCUCUUUUUCCUGUCUCCCAAACAUGGCGUCAUAACCGCCAAAAGUACUAUCCACGGCCGUUGUAACAGUUGAAUAAAGUUGCCCGUUUAUAUUUCUUGUUUUAGAACGUUGUUUAACUCAUUUUAGUUUGCAUUCUAGUAAUACUAAAAGCAGAAUAAAGAUCGCACGUUCUCAUUUACCACAAACCGCCAAAGUUUUAACACGCGAAACGUCGCCUUCUUCCGAUCGUCCAAUCUACGUCACUGGUACACGAAAGAUGUUAUGCCCACGCUUCUGACCACGAUCCAGAAGUUUCAAGAACAGGACAGCGGAUGGACGUUGUCGAAGAUCUUGCACUUGAUGGUGAAUUCCAACAAGUAUCAACCGUUGCAUGCAGGUUGCGGGAUACCCGUGCCCCGAGCAGUGCAACUGAAGAGAGCCGUCGUCAACGUGAACAGUAACGACGACGCGUGUUUCUAUUGGGCAGUGGUGGUAAGUCUGUAUCCAGUUAAAGUCAUUCGUAUCGCGCAUCAUCCUAUCCGCAUUACAGCGAUGUGCUCCGCGCCGAGGGAUUCCAAAUGCCGAUGUCGUUCAAGGACAUACCGAAGUUCGAAGAAGCGAACGACGUUUCUGUGAACGUGUUCGAAUGGGAUAGGAAACGAGAAAGCUGUCGAACGUUGUAUCUAACCCCGAGGAAACGGGAGAAACACGCGAAUUUGUUGUUUCUAGAGGACACGAUAAAUUUGCGGAAUCAUUACGUCAGUAUAAGGAAUUUAUCCCGUCUUGUUUCAUCCCAGCUCAGCACGCGGCAUCAUAAGUAUAUUUGCGAUCGGUGUCUGCAAUAUUUCAGAUCGCAAGAAAAAUUGGACAUUCACGUCGCCGACUGCGGUCGAAUGAACGAAUGCGCUUUGAUACUUCCGACGGAAGACGAUAAGUGCCGGAAGUUCAAAAACCACGCGUACAAGGAACCGGCGCCGUUCGUUAUCUACGCAAACUUGGAAUGACUGCUGGAGAAACAGAAAGAUCAAGGUCAUGGAACUUGUCGCAGAUAUCAGCAUCACCGUGCCUUCAGUGUAGGCUACUACCUUCAUUGUCGAUACGACAGCUCCGUGUGCGAGUAUCGGACUUAUCGCAACGAGAAAGAUUGUAUCGCGUGGUUCGCAUCGGAGUUUUACAAGUUGAGCCUUAAAUUGCAGCCGGCGUUCGAUCGGACGGUUCCGAUGGCUACAAUGACUGCCGCGCAAAUUUCGGAAUUCCAUACCGCCACGCAUUGCCACGUGUGCGAAGAACCGUUCGGCGAUCGGGACGUACGAGUGCGCGAUCAUUGUCAUUUCACGGGCGCAUAUCGUGGUCCGGCACACAACAAUUGCAAUUUGGGCUAUGGUUCUUCGUUCGUGGUACCGGUGUUUUUUCACCACUUGUCCGGCUACGACGCGCACUUCAUCACCAAGGAGUUGGCUAACGCGUUCGAAGGUAAAAUAGAUGUGCUAUCUCUUACGAAAGAGAAGUAUAUUUCUUUUACGAAACACACACGAAGAACAUGGACAAAUCAUGGAAGAAACGUAUAAAGUUCCGAUUCAUCGAUUUCUUCAAGUUUUUGAACUCCAGUCUGGACGAGCUGUCAUCGUAUCUUGACAAGAGCGAUUUGCCUCGGGCAAAUUUGUGACGACGAUUUCCAUUUGCUAACCAGGAAAGGCGUUUUCCCGUACGACUACGUAGCGAGCUACGAUAAAUUAAGCGACUCCCGUUUACCGCCGCGCGAAGCAUUUUACAGUGAACUGUACGACAGCGAGAUAUCCGACGUCGACUACCGCCACGCGAGCGGAGUUUGGUCACGUUUCAACAUACAAACGUUAGGGCAGUACAGCGACCUGUACUUGAAAGUAGACGUGCUGUUGUUGGCGAACGUGUUUGAAAAUUUUCGCGAAAUGUCGCUCGAUAAUUACAGCCUCGAUUCAGCGCACUAUUACACGUUGCCCGGUUUCACGUGGGACGCGAUGCUACAGAUGACGAAGAUCGAGUUAGAAUUGUUCACCGACGCGGACAUGCUUUUGUUCGUGAAGCGGGAAAUAUGGGGCGGGUUGAGGCAAUAUUCGCAUCGUUACGCGCGCGCGAAUAACAAGUACAUGUCGACGUACGAUUCGAGCGAACCGUCCACCUAUCUGAUGUAUCUCGACGUUAAUAAUUUGUACGGUUGGACCAUGUCGCAACCUUUGCCGCACAGAGGUUUCCGAUGGGUCGACGAUGCGAGCGAUUUCAACGUCGAUUCCGUGCCGAUCGACAGCCCAGUCGGAUACAUUUUAGAGGUCGACUUGGAGUAUCCCCAGGAAAUUCACGAUUCUCACUCGGAUCUUCCGUUUUGUCCGAUUCACGAGGUUAGAGCGUUGCAAAAGAAAUUGCUAGCAACGGUUAGCGACAAGAACCGUUACGUUCUCCAUUAUCGAUACUUCCAGCAAUGUUUGAGGCAUAAUUUAAAAUUGAAGAGAAUCCAUCGGAUAGUGGAGUUCGAGUAAUCGAGCUGGUUACGUGCUUACAUAGAUUUAAACACGAAUCUGUUCAAACUGAUGAACAAUGCAGUUUUCGGAAAGACGAUGGAGAACGUGCGAAAUCGCGUGAACGUGAAAUUGCUCUCACGAUGGAGCGGUCGACACGGUACAGAACGUUUAAUAUCCCGACCAAAUUUCCACAACUAUACGGUAUUCUCCAAGGAUUUUGUCGCGAUUCAAAUGAAACAGCUUUCGAUUAAAUUUUAUAAACCCGUUUACAUAGGCAUGUCGGUGUUGGACAUGUCGAAAUUACGUUUGUACGACUUUUUGAAAAUUUUGUACACGGA